AUGUCGGACCCGGACUCCUCUUCGAAGCGGCAGCGCAUUAACCAGGCCUGCGACCAAUGCCGAAAACGCAAGUCAAAAUGCGAUGGAGGUCAGCCGUCAUGCUCAACCUGCGAUAAUCUCGGCAAAGGGUGCACCUAUGGGACGCCCGUGAGAAAGCGUGGCCUGCCAACUGGUUAUGUCAGAGGUAUCGAGGCGUUGCUGGGCCUAUUCCAGCAGUUCCUUCCGAAUGGCGAAUACACUCUCCGCAAAGUACUGCGGGACAACAUUGCUGGCCGCGUAGUCGACAGCGAAUUUUUAGACAACGCAUCAGAUAUUUGGCGAUCUUCCGAUUUAGCGAAGGACUUCGAACAACUACUCAGUUCCGUGGACAGCAAUAUCGCAACCAGAUUGACAACCGACGCAGCUCAGCUUCCGCAACUGCAAAAUCCAAGGCCCACACAUCCGCAGCCGGACAGUUUAAAUCUAUUCGAUAGGCUGCAGCAAUGUGCAGACUUGCCAUCGCCUGAAUAUCCGGCAAAUAUACAAGAAAUAAUCGAUAACUAUUUCCAGACCACUCAUUGCUGGUUCCCAAUCCUUGAACGUCGGACAAUUUUGAAAGCUCUGUACCAUGACGAAACGGGCAUUGAUUCGGAGCAGCAUGAUGCAAAAAACUAUGGCCUCUGUCUGUGGGCAAUAGUCGCCUAUACGUCGGCCACGGUAACUGGCGAGUCCAAUUUGUAUGGCUCGGCCCAUUCAGAUAGUAUCCAGACUUACGUCAGAUUUCGCUUGACUAAGAACGAGAACUGCUUUUCAAUCGGCAGUGUGCAGGCACUUUGCAUCUUAGCACUAUUGAACAUGGGUCAACGACAAUUCAACACGUCUAGACUGUUGCUUUUGCAAGCAUUCACUAUGUUAAUAGAUGCUAAUUCCGUCGAUCGCCAAAAUUCCGAAAGAUAUUACCACACACUACAUGGAUGCUUCUUUCUCGAUCAGCUAUUGUCCGCCUACCUAUCCACAACUUCUUUCUUCCCAAACACUUGGUAUUCAGUCAUUGGUCACCUUGACGAGAAUGCUCUAGAAGAAUGGGAGCUUCCGCUACAACCGAAGGGUUACCAGUCUACUUUAAUUGGCUAUGACAGACAACCUCUUCGCACCAUAAGUUCAUUCAACUUGACCUGUGAACUUGUGAGCAAAAUACCCCCUCAGGACGAGGAUAAGCUUGAUCGAGGUCAAUUGCAAGGACUUAUUGCACAUCUGCAAAUCUGGCACUCUAAGCUGAAAAAGCAUCAUCAAUUACCGAGGCUGGGAAUAGCAAUACCGCCUGUUUUCAUUCUUCAUUUGACAUACAGUUUUGUUCUAUUGCUCGUGCUUGAACAGGCUAUGAAGGCUGGGGUCCAGCACAGCGAUCUGAUUGAGAAAGAAGCCAGCACUACUCUAGAUCUACUGGCCCAAUCUCUCAACUCAGGUCAUCCAUUGUAUCGCAAUCCACUCUUGGUCAUAUAUGCAUCUCAGAUGAAGUCUGCUAUUGACUUGUCGCGCAACUUUGCCCCAUCAGAUAUCAACACAAACCUUCGAUCACGUUUCUCUCAAUUUUUUGCGGAUGUCCAAGAGGUAUACAGUUCUAACCGCCCAUUGGCAUCUGGCCAAAACCCUGUUAUGUCAGUACUGCUGGCACAACCGUACCCGAUGAUCGAAUCUAUACUCCUGUAUGAUGAUGAAAUCGCCGACUUCGCUCAAAACCUUGGCUUUCUCAGCAAUGAACUCAACUUCGACUCCAUGGCUUUUCACGGUCCUCCGGAGGCCCCUUGA